AUGGUUCAGCUUCCUGCGUGGGCUGUUCCCACUGCAUGCUUCACGGGCAUUAUAACUUGUGACUCUCGCCCAGGUGUCUGGCCUUCCAAGACUCCUCAAGUCAUCUCGUGGAAUUCUCCCAUCUUUGGUCCCCAUCCCCCUGCUCCUCCUGCAGCAAAGCCCACCACCUCUGCGCCGACAACCAUUCUCGCGCCUACCGUCUCCCUUCAUUCCUCCGGGACUACCAAGGCGGCUACCGUCGCGACAACCACUCUCUCUCUCGCCUCGACCUUGUCUGCGCCAACUGGUGUUCCAACCACAUUGAGCACCUCGGCGAUGUCUUCUAUCGCGGCGAUCUCGGCCUCGGCCUCGGCCGCUGUUUCGGCGGCGGCUACGCCCUCGGCCUCGGCCACGGCCCUUGCCCAUGCCACUGUCGCUAACAACAUUCUGGUCAUUGCCAGAGAUGCUGCAUCGGCCAGUGUGGCUUCGUCGGGCCUGAACGGCUAUGGCAUUCCCUUUACCACGCUCAUUGUGCCCCAGGCUGGAGCUCCGCUGCCGGCCCUGAACUCGAGCAACGCUGGAAACUUUGGCGGUAUCGUGAUUGCUUCCGAAGUCAGUUACGACUACGGUGCCACGGGCUGGCAAUCUGCGUUGACUACCGAUCAGUGGAACCAGUUGUAUGCCUACCAGCUCGCCUAUGGUGUCCGUAUGGUCCAAUAUGACGUCUUCCCUGGUCCGCUUUACGGUGCCACCGCCGUUGGAGGCGGAUGCUGCAACCCGGGAGUGGAACAGGACAUCUCUUUCACCGACACGAGCGAGUUCCCUACCUCUGGCCUUCGUACCGGUGCCGGUGUGAGCACGGAGGGAUUGUGGCACUACCCGGCCACGAUCAGCAACACCACUUCCACCAAACAGAUUGCCGCUUUCGCAGCGAACUCGGUUGUGUCGACCGACACUACUGCGGCGGUCAUCAACAACUUUGAUGGUCGUGAGCAGAUGGCCUUCUUCAUCAGCUUUGCCACGGAUUGGAGUCCCACAUCCAACUAUCUGCAGCAUGCUUGGAUUACCUGGAUCACUCGUGGUGUGUACGCUGGUUAUCGCCGUGUCAACUUCAACACUCAGAUCGACGACAUGUUCUUGGAGACUGAGAUUUACUACCCGGCGGGUAAAAACUUCCGCAUCCGCGCUGAAGAUCUGAGCAACAUUCGUGAUUGGUCCAAGACUGUCAACGCCAAGAUGAACCCAGGCAGCAUCUACUUCCCUGAGACUGGUCACAACGGUAACGGCAACAUCGAGAACUCCUCCAGCACCGACGCCGGCUACACUGCGUGCAACGGUGGUGGUAUUGAGUACGACAGCCCCGCAGACACUGCAUUGGAAUUCCAGAAGCCUCUGGGAACCGGCACCAACCUGUGGCCCAAAACCCCUACUCAGUACACCUGGACCACCGCAUGCACUCGCCUCGAUCCUCUUCUGCAAUGGUGGAGUGUGCCUGAGAACCUGAACAGCAUUGCUUCUCUCUCCCACACCUUUACUCACGAGGAGCAGAACAACGCCACCUACUCAGAUGUCACCAAGGAAAUCAGCUUCAACCAGGCAUGGCUGAAGCAGAAUGGCUUUGACAAGGCCCAGCACUUUACUGCCGACGGCAUCAUCCCUCCCGCCAUCACCGGUCUUCACAAUGGCGAUGCGCUGCAGGCCUGGUGGAACAACGGGAUUCGCAACUGUGUCGGUGAUAACACUCGUCCCGUCCUGAUGAACUCGGAAAACUCCAUGUGGCCCCUGUUCACUACCGUGGCCGCCAACGGCUUCGCUGGUAUGCAGGUCAACCCCCGCUGGGCGACACGCAUCUAUUACAACUGUGAUACUCCUGAAUGUACUGUCCAGGAGUGGAUCAACACGUCGGCCGGCAGCGGUACCUUUGCUGACCUGCUCGCCGUUGAGAAGGCGGACACUAUGCGCCAUCUGUUUGGUCUUCACCACGAUGGCUACAUGUUCCACCAGGCCAAUCUGCGCAACAUCGAUGUCUCUCCGAUCACUAUCAACGGUGUUAGUGCCAAGUGGUCCAUCUUCCAGGCGUGGGUGGAGACUCAGGUUCAUGAGUUCACUCGUCUGGUCGAAUGGCCUCUGGUGACUCUGAAGCAGGCCGACAUGUCGGCGCAAUUCUUGGCUCGCUACAAGCGUGAUGCCUGUGGCUACUCCUUGAGCUACGCUACCGACAACGGUAAGAUCACCGCUGUCACCGUCUCCGCCAAGGGAAACACCUGCAGUGAGGCCAUCCCCGUCACCUUGCCCACUGCUCCCACCAACACCCAGGGCUUCACCGUGGAGCAGCUUGGCAGUGACCCGGCCACGAUUUGGGUCAAGCUGUCGGGCUCUCCCGUCACUCUCACUCUUUCUUCGCCCAUCUCUCUUUAA